AACUGAAUUUUUUUCUCAUUUCCCUUUUGUAAUUUUACUCUUGACUGAGAGAUCGGAGGACGGUUUGUGUGUCGGGAUGAGCUGAAAAGGUGAGAAGCGGUUUUACGUGUGGAUAUUAACGCUCUUAGUCGCCGUGGAUCCGUGGGAAGUGAUGGAAAACUACACGUGGAGUAAUUUCACCCAGGUUCUGUCGGAGCUGGACGGGACGGGAGGCGAGGAGGGAGAGGACGACGAGAGGGAGGAAGGGGGCGCGGGUGGUGGAGGGAGAGGAGGAGGACUGCGCGUCCUCCUGGCCUGCGUCCUCUUCCUGCUCAUCGUGUCCACGCUGCUCGGGAACACGCUGGUGUGCGCCGCCGUCAUCAAGUUCCGGCACCUGCGCUCCAAAGUCACCAACUUCUUUGUCAUCUCCCUGGCCGUGUCUGACCUGUUCGUGGCGGUGCUGGUGAUGCCCUGGGAGGCCAUCACAGAGGUCACAGACACGUGGCUGUUUGGAGGCUUUUGCGAUGUGUGGAUCGCCUUUGACAUCAUGUGCUCCACGGCCUCCAUCCUCAACCUGUGCAUCAUCAGCGUGGACCGCUACUGGGCCAUCGCCAGCCCCUUCAAGUAUGAGCGGAAGAUGACCCACAGGGUGGCGUUUGUCAUGAUCGGAGUGGCCUGGACGCUGUCCAUUCUCAUCUCCUUCAUCCCAAUGCAGCUGAACUGGCACCGGGCCGGGGAGGAAGAGGAGGAGGAGGAGGAGCAGGAGGUGGUGAUGGAGGAGCUGGUGGCAGCGAUGGCCGCCGGUGGCAGGAACUUCACCAACUCCAGCGAAGUCGUCGCCAAAAGCUGCGUCGCCAACCUGAACAAGACCUACGCCAUCUCCUCCUCCUUCAUCAGCUUCUACAUCCCGGUGGUGAUCAUGAUCGCAACCUACACCCGCAUCUACCGGAUUGCCCAGACCCAAAUCCGUCGGAUCAUGUCUCUGGAACGGGCAGCGGAGCAGGCCCAGAACCAGGGCCACGGCCUGAACAGGAACCAGCAGCAGCAGCAGCAGCAGCAUCACAGGCCCAACGACGAGGCCUCUCUGAAGUCAUCGUUCAAGAAGGAAACCAAAGUCCUGAAGACACUUUCCAUCAUCAUGGGGGUGUUUGUCUUUUGCUGGCUGCCAUUUUUCAUCCUCAACUGCACCGUCCCGUUCUGCGACCCUCCAUGCGUCAGCGACACCACCUUCACUGUCUUCGUCUGGUUCGGUUGGGCCAACUCCUCCCUCAACCCAGUCAUUUACGCGUUCAACGCAGACUUCCGUCGGGCAUUUGCCACCAUCUUGGGCUGCAACCGGAUCUGCUCCAACAACGCGGUGGAAGCCGUGAACAUCAGCAACGAGCUCGUUUCUUACCACCACGACACGACGCUCCACAAGGAGGCGCUGGUCCCGGCUCAGCCACAGCAGCACCCCGGCGCCAUUCACGGCAGGUCCGACCACCUGGAGGACGUGAGCGCGCAGUUUGACGAGGAGUCCAUCGUCUCCAACGGUUCCCACAGCCACAGCCGGCUGCUGCUGCUUCCUGCCGCCGCCCGGUUCGAGGACAACCGCGAGAUUUCUUUGGAGACAAUCACACCUUUCACAUCAGCAGCUGCACUGGAGACUGAUACUCUCAUACCAGGACAAGUCCACCAGGAAGAAUAAGACCAAACUCAGAGCCGGCGACAGCCAUGAUGAUAGAGGAAGUUAGGCUGGGGUUCUUUCAAAAUAACAGCUCAUUAAAUUCAUAAUUUUUACCACUGAUGAAGGACUUUACUGAGGGAAUUUACAAUAAGCCGACAGGUCUUAAGUUCUGGACGAAGACAAAAUACAAAAGAGGAACUGAACUGUACAGCUUCACAUGACAUCCCAUCUCAAGUUCUUUUAUUUGUGUGACUGUCGGAUUGUUUACUUUGAAUUGUGUCUGAAUUAAUUCACCUAACUGUCACAGCCACUUAUUUAUUUCAGUUUCUGCACAGUAUGUAAAUGUAAAAUCUGCUCUUUUCAUAAAAAGCUGAGCAC